AUGCCAUCUUCAAUUCAGCUCAUCACAAACAGACAAAAGGAAGAAAUGACUGGAAGAAAGACACUGACUGUACCUGAAAGACACAAUCAAUCUCACAUCAGCUUUGUUGAAGGCUGCAAAGGUGCAGCUUAUGGUGUUGGCAUCGGUGUUAUUGCUAGUGCCUUAUCAUUUCGUUUCUCGCCUGCUUUCAGAGCCUUAAGCAGACCUAUGCAAUACAAUAUGAUCGCUUCUGGUGGUAUAUCUGGCUAUAUGUUGGCUUCUGAGCGUGCUGCCCUCCAAUAUAAGAACAAGACAUUGGGCUAUGUUGACCACAAGACAAUGGACCAUCGUGCUUAUCAAAGCUACAAGGCUUUACCUCGUACUUCUCGUGAAAACACCAUGCGCUUCUUGAAUGAUCAUCGUUGGACCCUCUUGGGGGCUACUUGGGCUACAUCUAUGGCCGGUGCUUAUGGCUACAGUUUCAACGUCAAUAAGCAUUUGAAUUUAAAGCAAAAGCUCUUCCAUGCCCGUAUCUAUGCUCAAAUGAUCACAUUGGCCGCUUUGAUGGUUUCUGCUGGUUUAUCUUUCUAUGUUAAUGAACAUGAUAAGAAAUUGUUGAAAGAUAUACCCGAAGGAAAGCUUCGCGCUGUUCUGGAAUUGCCUCAUGUUGGCCAACAAAAGCAAAGCAUGAUUUAG